AUGAUUAUUCCUGUCCGGUGUUUCUCUUGCGGCAAAGUUGUGGGCGACAAAUGGGAGACUUAUCUCCAGUACCUUCAGGAGGACAACAUGACUGAAGGAGAUGCCCUAGAUCGCUUGAAGUUGAAGAGAUAUUGCUGUAGACGGAUGGUGUUGACACAUGUGGACUUGAUUGAAAAGUUCUUGAGAUACAACCCGCUGGAGAAGAAGGAGAUUGAGGGAGAUCAAUACUAA